AAGGAGAGGAUGGGAACAAACAGCCUGUCAAAUAUGUUUUUCUGUUGCGCGGGCCAAGCAAGCACAAUGGAAACGAAACUGAACGUGUGAAUGUUGAAUUUGGACAGCAAACGGGGAAGUGUUGACUUUAUUUGGUUGAUAUAUGACCCUCGUCAUGUGCCUAGCUAACAAAGCAUGAUCUUCGUGAUUUCUCGGGGUGUAAUAGGGAAGUUGUCAUUGCGUAAACUGAUAUUGCAAUAAAAUAUUCUUUCCGUAUUUUUCUCUGGCUGCGCGGAUUCCGUAAGAAGUUCAAGUUUUCUCUGCAUUUUCGCUGAUUUCAGAGGUUGUAGCCCGUGAGUGUCCAUCAUGGCAGGCACUCCGAUCAUGAAGGAGAUUGUUGGCUUGAUGGCUAUGACUUUGGUGAUCAUGGUGGGAACCAGUGAUGCAGCAGUGACUUGUAUGGAUGCCAGUGGGAAACCAGUCGAUUGGUUUAUUGUGUACAAACUUCCCAAGGAUUACAGCAGUCACGAGCCACAGGUCAAAGAGGGCUACGGUCAGAUGUACAUGGACGUCCACAACCCCGUCCUAAAUCUAUCCCCGGUGUGGCUGAACGCUACCAAUCACGCUAUUGCGUACACGCUGCAACAAAUCUACCAGAAUCAUGGAAGCCAGGAUGUAGCUUACUUGAUGUACAAUGAUGAAAAGCCGGAUAGCAAAGAAAAAACAGAAUACUAUGGACAUACAAAGGGAGAUGUUGCCUUUGAUGGCACCAGCGGCUUUUGGCUGAUUCACAGCACACCUCAUUUCCCUAGCAACGCAUCCAUGUACUACAACUGGCCAAACUCUGCUAGGACGUAUGGGCAGACGUUCCUGUGCGUUACCUACGGCUACGACCAGUUUGAAAAAAUUGGUCAGCAGUUGAUGUACAAUCACCCCUGGGUCUACGACUUCAACCUCCCCUCUCAUCUUGUAAACCACAGCCCCAGCAUUGCGUCCGCGGCUAACAGAAAGCACGUGACAUCUCCACCGUGGAAUCGGACUGCAGAACUGACGUCCAAGGGCGGGCAGAGUUUUAUCAGUUUCGCCAAAUUCAGCAAGUUUCAACAAGAUCUCUACGCGGCUUGGCUCGCUCCGUACUUCAACAGCAGCCUGUAUGUAGAGACAUGGCAGAACGGCUGCGGAAAACUCAACUCGUCCUGUUACCAGGACCAGAAGGUCAACAACAUUCUCCGCUUGAAUCUGGCCGGGGGAGAAGCCUUCAAAGAAACCCACGAUCACUCCAAAUGGGCGGUGACUACUAAGCCAGGUCUGGUUUGGACGUGCAUCGGAGAUAUCAACCGUCAAUGUCAUCAGAAGCUCCGUGGUGGUGGCACAGUCUGUUUUCAGAAUGCAGACGUCCACAGGUACUUCCUCAGCGCAGUGACCGAGGUACAGAAAUGUCCUCAAGCAGAGACAUCAUGCUACUCUGAAGUCUUCGGUGAUCUCUAAA